UUUUUUUUCAGUAGUAAUAAUAUUUCAGUGUACACAAUACAAAUAAAAAAUAAUUAAAAAUAAACUAAGGCUUUGUCUGUGCUCUUUCAAUUUAAAAUCAGAGGCAACUACUUGAUUUUAACCACAAUCGAAAAGAUGUACACAUUAGCAUUGACUAUACAACAAUACAAUAUCUGCUCUAAACAAACACAUCAGAUGGGCUGCCAGCAGGUGGUGCUCAUAAACAGCAGCAAUACAAAGCAUAGUUGUGCAUUGUUACAUCCCUACUAACCCCAAACCUUUAAACAGUUUCACCUUUCAAACUGGUGAAAAAGACGACUGUGAUGCAUGAGACCACUUUGCUUUUUAGAAUGCCUCAUUUCCUGUUCCCAAAGUCACACAUAUGACCAAUUCAAUGCUAAUGUAUAUAGCUGAAAAUCAAUACAGUGUUUCUGGCACAGAACUAACUUGAAUGCAUAGAGCCAAGACUGUCUUCUAGCUGUGACCAUGUCCUCUCAUGGUAACAUGUCUUCUUCUGUAAAUGUCUGUCUGUCUGUCUGUCUGUCUGUGUAUUUGUGUGUGUUCACUAACCAACUGACUUCUGCAGAGGAAGAGCAGCUCACAUCAGAUGACGCUUCCACGCUAUCUCAGUCAGUGUCUCCGCAAAACACUCCCGCUAAAGAAGAGAACCACUCUGGUAUGAUGCUUAAUGGUAAAGACAAGCAUGGCGAUGAUGAUCUAAUCAAGGACGAGCUGAUUAAGCGUGUUAGUCAGCUGACCACCAGUGUGGAGAGUGUGGAGAUCAGCGUGCGCUCAGGAGAGAAGAUCGAAGAGGUCCUGACGCCCGAGAGCUCGCCCUCCAAAUCACCCAACAAGAAGAAGAAGAAGUUCAGAACACCGUCCUUCCUCAAGAAGAACAAAAAGAAAGAGAAAGUGGAAGCAUAGAGGAUGGAGUGUCCCACUUGUCGCUGUGUCUGUCUCUGUUUGUUGUUUAAAAAAAAAAAAAAAAAAAAAGGCACACUAUUUUGAAAGUUAGUUAAUAGAUGAAGCAACACCUGUUUUAAGAGUUGUGCCAUGAUUGAGUUUUAAACAGGUGGAGAAGCAAGGGAAAGUCCUGGGAAACUGGCUUCUCUCACCUGACGGACUAAAAAUCUAAUGAUUUUAUCUCGUUGAUGAGCCCGUACUGCAUUUUUUUUUUUUUUUAUUAAAUACUGUGUGUUUAUUAGGUUUUCACACAGACCUUUUAUGAGCCCAUUUUCUACCCCUCACCUCUCAUGGUGUCAGUUCUGCUCACGUAAUUUUUUCAGCUGCACAGGAAACGCUCAGAGAAUCACACUGGAAACCGUUCGGGGGUUGUGUUUUAACAGGGUUUGUUUCAUUUUGUUUCUUUAACGUUGCUUGCAAUUGGGUCUGAUCCUGUGUAGAGUCACUCCAGUCUCCGUUCUGUACAAAAACAUUUAACAGCUUAAAAAAAAAAAAAAAAGGCAGAGCAGUCACGUUUUAGUGAACAU